UUUUUCACACUAAAAAAAUUGCAGACAAAGCCACUCACUGAACAACUUUUUUCCAUUUCGUUCAAAUUAAAAAACAGUUAUCCCCGUUCCCCCCACCUCUCCUCCACCAUAAACAAAUGCUAAAAACACCCAUCUAGAAUUCCAUUUUCUCUCUGCGCAAACAUCAUGGCCUAGUUGUUUCUUGGAUCCGGAGAUUCUGGGUCUUGCUUAUUAGUUUAUACAUGUCUUUAAAAUACACAUAGCCCACAAGACAUGAUUUGGUUUCUCUCACUGUCCCUCCCUCGGCUCAAACCCUCCUUUCUGUUCCUCUCAUUGAAGUUUGUAGCAUAGCUGUAAUGCCUGUAAGUCCAUGGACCCUCUUCUCCUCCUUAUUCCUCUCUUUGUCAAUUCUAAUUCCCUUCCUUUACACUGCUUUGGCCGUUAACCAACAAGGUGAAGCUCUUCUUUCCUGGAAAGGAAGCUUCAAUGGAUCACCGGAGGCCUUAAGCAAUUGGGAUGACGGGGAUGAAACUCCAUGCAAGUGGUUCGGUAUCGUCUGCAACUUUAAUAAUGAGGUUGUGGAACUGGAAUUGAGGUAUGUUGAUUUGUUUGGAAUAGUUCCAGCUAAUUUCACCUCUUUGUUAAAUUUGAAGAAGCUUGUUCUCUCUGGAACAAACCUCACUGGUUCAAUCCCAAAAGAGAUAAGCAUUCUCAACCAAUUGAGCCACUUAGAUUUGAGUGAAAAUGUCUUAACUGGUGAAAUCCCAAGUGAGCUCUGCAGCUUGCAUAGGCUUGAACAACUCUAUCUUAACUCAAACCAACUCAAGGGCUCGAUGCCAAUCCAAAUUGGGAACCUCACAAGUUUGAAAUGGCUAAUCCUAUAUGACAAUCAAUUAAGCGGGGAAAUUCCCAGCACCAUAGGCAACUUAAAGAAUCUUGAAGUGAUUAGAGCUGGUGGCAACAAGAACCUUGAAGGCCCUCUCCCACAAGCAAUAGGCAACUGCACCAAUUUGGUAAUGUUAGGCCUUGCUGAAACAAGCAUCUCAGGUUUCCUCCCUCCAACUCUAGGCCUCCUAAAGAAGCUUCAAACCAUCGCAAUCUACACAGCUUAUCUAUCCGGUCAAAUCCCCGCCGAACUAGGGGACUGCACUGAGCUUCAAAACAUUUACUUAUAUGAAAACUCCAUGGGUGGAUCAAUACCGAGAAGCCUUGGCAAUCUGAGAAAUCUUCAAAGCCUGUUGCUGUGGCAAAACAACUUGGUAGGAAUCAUUCCUCCUGAGCUUGGAAACUGCAACGGACUAUUAGUCAUCGAUGCUUCCAUGAAUUCAUUAUCCGGAAGUAUUCCUCAAUCAUUUGGGAACCUGACAUCACUCCAGGAACUUCAGCUGAGCGUCAACCAAAUCUCGGGAGAAAUUCCUUCCACACUGGGAAACUGUCGUCAGAUGACUCAUAUCGAACUUGACAACAAUCAGAUCACUGGAACAAUACCUGGGGAAUUGGGGAACUUAACAAACUUAACGCUUCUGUUUCUGUGGCAGAAUAAACUGGAAGGCAACAUUCCGGCGUCCAUUUCCAACUGCCAGAAUCUGGAAGCCGUUGAUUUAUCACAAAACAGCCUAACGGGUCCAAUCCCCAAUGGCAUCUUCCAGCUUAAGAAACUCAACAAACUGUUGCUUCUCUCCAACAACCUCUCGGGGGAAAUCCCGCCGGAGAUCGGAAACUGCUCAGCCUUGAUUCGGUUUCGCGCCGGCAAUAACGAGAUAACCGGAUCCAUUCCUAUCCAGAUUGGGAGCUUAGAGAACUUGAACUUCUUGGAUCUCGGGUCGAACCGAUUAACCGGAUUUAUACCCGAAGAAAUAUCCGGUUGUCGGAAUCUGACUUUUCUGGAUCUGCAUUCCAACUCUAUCGGCGGUACCUUGCCCCUCAGCUUAAGCACGCUUGUUUCACUUCAGUUCGUUGAUUUCUCCGAUAACUUAAUCCAAGGAACGCUGAGUUCGAGUCUCGGUUCACUGAGUUCACUCACCAAACUGGUUCUUGGAAAUAACCGAUUCUCUGGUUCAAUCCCGCCUCAACUGGGGUCCUGUUCGAAGCUACAGUUACUAGACUUGAGUUCAAAUCAGCUGAUGGGGAAUAUUCCGGGAAGUUUGGGGAAGAUUCCGGCGCUUGAAAUUGCUCUCAAUCUGAGCUGGAACCAGCUCACCGGCGAGAUACCGGGGGAGUUCACGGCAUUGGAUAAGCUUGGUAUUCUGGAUAUAUCUCAUAAUCAACUUGUUGGAGAUCUUCAAUAUCUUGCCGGGUUGCAAAAUCUCGUGCUUCUCAACGUGUCGCACAACAACCUCACAGGGCGAGUGCCAGACACGCCCUUCUUUUCGAAGCUCCCGCUCAGCGUGCUUACAGGGAACCCCUCGCUUUGCUUCUCCGGCAACCAGUGUUUUGCUGCCGAUUACGACGGGAAAGGCGGUGGCUCCUCUUCUAAACGCACGGCAGCUCGCGUGGCGAUGGUGGUGUUGCUCUGUACCGCUUGCUCUCUCCUCCUAGCGGCGCUCUACAUCAUCAUCAGCUCCAAAAAGCGAAGCCGUGGUCCUCACCAUGAUUGUGACAUUGACAGAGACGCUGACCUGGAAAUGGGCCCACCUUGGGAGAUGACUUUAUACCAGAAACUCGACUUGUCAAUCGCUGACGUGGCAAAAUCCCUGACAGCUGGCAACGUAAUCGGCUGCGGCCGAACUGGCGUUGUUUACAAAGUCACCGUACCGUCGGGAGUAACCAUCGCCGUUAAAAGAUUCCGCACAUUGGAAAAAACAUCGGCCUCCUCGUUUUCGUCCGAAAUCGCAACGUUGGCGAGAGUCCGACACCGUAACAUCGUACGAUUACUAGGUUGGGGAGCCAACAGAAAAACAAAACUGUUAUUUUACGAUUACAUGGCCAACGGUACUCUGGGCGCGUUGUUGCACGAAGGUUGCGGGAGAGAAGUGUUAGAUUGGGACAUGAGAUUCAAGAUUGCAUUAGGCCUGGCGGAAGGGUUAGCUUAUUUGCACCACGAUUGCGUGCCAGCGAUCUUACACCGUGAUGUGAAGGCUCAUAAUAUUCUGCUAGGGGACCGUUACGAGCCCCGCUUGGCGGAUUUUGGGCUGGCUAGAUUGGUAGAGGAUGAAAAUGGUGGCUCGUUUUCUGCCAACCCUGAGUUUGCUGGGUCCUAUGGUUACAUGGCACCAGAGUAUGCUUGCAUGUUAAAGAUCACAGAAAAGAGCGAUGUGUAUAGCUAUGGAGUAGUCUUGCUGGAGAUCAUAACGGGAAAAAAACCCGUGGACCCAUCAUUCCCUGACGGCCACCACGUAAUCCAAUGGGUCCGAGAUCAUCUGAAAAACAAGAAGGACCCAGUAGAAAUCCUUGAUCCUAAACUCCAAGGUCAUCCAGACACUCAGAUACAGGAAAUGCUUCAAGCUCUAGGAAUCUCAUUGCUUUGCACUAGUAAUCGCCAAGAAGAUCGGCCUAUCAUGAAAGAUGUGGCGGCAUUAUUAAAAGAAAUUCGACAGGAGCCCGUGCAAGGGAGCGAGGCCCACAAGCCGACUAGCAACUCCUCAAAAAAGACAGAAACUACUCCUUCAUAUUCGUCAUCAUCAGUGACCCCAGCUCAAUUGCUACUCCUCCAGGGGUCCUCUCAAAGCUCACUUGCUUACUCUUCUUCCUCUGCAAAUUAUUUCCCAAGAAGCCAAUAAUAGUAAGCCUGUCUUUCGUAAAAUUAUUAUUCCAUGUAUAAAGGUAGCAGUAGCAGUUAAUUAAUGGGGUUCUAGAAUU